UUCGUAUCUCUAUAGUGUUACACCAAAAUGUUGAUAAGCACGACCGUUGGGCAUAUUAUUGCGCUGUACAUCAUUUCCGUUUUUUUAAUUAGCGGUAAUGCUGCCAAGUCCGUCAAUAAGACUCUCGAUUAUAAAGAGUCGUCACUAGAAGAUACCUUGCCGAAUAUAGCUUUGGAAAAAUUUGGCAACAAAUACUACUAUUUUGGAGUUAUAUAUGAGGGCAACUUUUUCCAAGCAAUACAGUACUGUCACUACCAUGGGAUGAGACCUUUGAGUAUCGAAAGUGUGGAAGAGACUAACUUUCUGAUCAGGCAGCUGAAACGAUUCCUUGGUGCUGAGAAGUACAACUUUUGGACAUCGGGUACUAUCUUACCAAACGACCACUGGGUUUGGUUGGCCACAGGAAAGCCCAUUGUAUACACACAUUGGUUACCUAAUGAACCAAACAACUGGGCAAACAUUGAGAAAUGCUUAGAAGCAAUCUACCAGUAUUCCGACAAGAAACGUGAAAUGGAUAUGAUGUGGAAUGAUCAUGACUGUAAUGGUCCGAAAUAUGUUAUUUGUGAAUCGUCACAGGCUAACUGUGUAGCUGAAAAAAGUUCCUAGUAUACAAAAAAAACAAAGCCAAGAAGGAUUUAAGUAAUGACUUCCUACGCGUUAUUUAAGUUUAUUACCUACAUGUGUUUGUUUAUUACUAAAAUGUCAAAUAAAUUUUUCUGCCACUA